AUGCCCAGGCUUUCCCAAGACAACCAACAGGGCCACCAGAAACAUUUCUCCAGACCAUCGAGGCGGAUACGAUUUCUGCCUCUGCCGUGGGCUGAGGCAUAUAAUGUGAAUGUUCACCAAACCGUGGAAAAUGAAGGAUGUGCCACAGCCACGCACAAUGUCAAGCUCCCAGGUUCGCCCGCUGCCCCGACGCUGCUCAGCCUCCUCUCCGGCACGCUCUCCGGCCUCGCGCGCUUCUUCGCUCUCCUCCUUCGGCGACCCCCUACUGAGGCUCCCCUGCGGCGCCGGGACUUCUCCGCCCUGAUCCCGGCCCUGCCAGCCGCCGGGCUCUCGCCGGGGCAGGAGGAGCGGCCGGGCCGCCUCUCGCUCCUGCUCAGGGCAGCUCUGGCACUGCCUGGCCGACCCUCAGGGGGACGUCUGCCUCGGGAAGUGGACGCCAGCGCCGGGCAGAGCUCGCCCAUACCCCCAAUGGGGUCAGAAUGGAUGGAGAUGCGGAAGCGGCCGGUGUGCGCAGCCCAGGAGCCCGCAGCCUGCGCCCCUGGCCAGCCCGGAGUAGAGAACCAGGGGUCCAACGCUUGCUGCUUCUGCUGGUGCUGCUGCUGCAGCUGUUCUUGUCUCACUGUAAGAAACCAGGAGGAACAAAGGCUUAGAAGGACUUCCUAUGAAGUCAGAACAGAAGACCUUCCCACCUGUGAAGAAAGCCCGGGUCCCACCCUGGAGGAGGCCAGCGCCUGGGCUCAGUCCUUCGACAAGCUCAUGCUCACGCCCGCGGGCAGGAACGCCUUCCGGGAGUUUCUGCGGACCGAGUUCAGCGAGGAGAACAUGCUCUUCUGGAUGGCGUGCGAGGAGCUGAAGAAAGAAGCGAAUAAAGCCAUGAUUGAAGAGAAAGCGAGGGUCAUAUAUGAAGACUACAUUUCUAUUCUCUCUCCUAAGGAGGUCAGCCUGGACUCACGCGUGCGGGAGACCAUCAACAGGAGCAUGGCCGAGCCCUCCCGGAACAUCUUCGAUGAUGCCCAGCUGCAGAUCUACACGCUGAUGCACAGGGACUCAUACCCCCGCUUCACGAACUCCGCUCUCUACAAAGACCUGCUCCGCUCCUUAUCCGAGAAAGCAGUGGAAGCCUAGGAUAUCAAAGAUAUUUAUUAUUAAUAAAAUAAUCCAAGAACUCGUGGGCUCCGUCUAGGACAGGGACUUUAGAGGCGGUAGUGUCUUCUGCUGGUUGUGCUCGGGCUGUUUUAAUAACAGAUGCUUUCUUCUGCAGAAAACUGAUACAUGCACCAAGAAAACUGCAGCCACCUUUCCUGAUCCUUUUGGAAAGACUGGGGUAUGGCUGUGUAGAGAGGUUGUGUAGUUACAUUUACGGUGACAGUAGUGUGUUCUCAAGUGACAAAGGAUACACAAGAAGAUGCCACAUUGCCUUCAAAGGGUACAUCAUGGGAACAAACAGGACCCAGAUUCCCAUUUUAUAAAAAUGUGACCGCUACUUGUAAAAUUGGUACCCUGCUGUAUCUUAGGAUACAUGUAUGUAUUGCUAAAUGUGUAUAUAUGUUUAUGUGUAUCU